AUGAAGAUCCCAAGACUACACUUUUUUCAGCCGCCAUUGCAACCACCUCCGGCACAGCCUCCUCCCGCUCAAACACCUACGGUACCGGUAACACCAUGUCCUGCGCAGCUUCCCAUUGCUAAAACACUUAAACCACCGGCAACAUUACGUCCACCUGCAAAACCUGCUCUAGCUAAAACACCUAAGUUACCGGUGAUACCACGUCCACCUGCGCAGCCUCUUCCAGUUAAAGCACCCAAUCAACCAGCAAGGCCACCUGGACCACCGCCUGCUCUUUUGCAACCCCUGUCAUCAAAAGGACCUGCUAAACUUGCUCCAGUACCUACGAUGGAUGCAAACUACUUAGUUUUAGAUGGACUCAACGCUCAACGAAAAACACCUCCUCCCCCUCCUUCCGCUGCCUCAAAACCGACAAAACAACCUCCUCCGCCAUUGAAACAGUCUGUUAAGUGUGCUCCUGCUCCUACAAGAGAGCCAAACUAUCUAGAUUUGGGUGCAGUUAAUGUUAAAGACAAAGAUGCUUUUCCACCUCCGAAAGCGGCUCCUGCUCCAAAGGCAGCUCUAGUUCUCGAAAAUCAGUAUGAAGAUGUGAUUCCUGAAGCCAACGCAAGAGCGCCUCCACCAGAACCUCGUCCGCUUCCGAAAGCGGGUCCUGCUCCAGCAGCAGCUCCUGUUCCUGAAAAUCAGUAUGAAGAUGUGAUUCCUGAAGUCAGUGCAAAAGCGCCUCCAGCAGAAUAUCCUCCGCCUCCGAAAGGCGGUCGUGCUCCAGCAGCAGCCCCUGUUCUGGAAAAUCAGUAUGAGGAUGUGAUUCCUGAAGCCAACGCAAGAGCACCUCCACCAGAACCUCGUCCGCCUCCGAAAGCGGGUCCUGCUCCAGCAGCAGCCCCUGUUCUGGAAAAUCAGUAUGAGGAUGUGAUUCCUGAAGCCAAUGCAGGAGAGCCCCCACCUCCGCCACCACCAGGAAAUGUAGCAAAGAAAGCACCUGCAGCAGGACAAAAAGCCUUAAACCCAAGUAGACCCUUCGUGACCGCACCUCCAAGGUGA